CCUCCCAGCUGAGAGACUGAAAGUGUUGGCCUGCCUGAACAAACUGAGACAGCAGCACGUGGACAUCAUGAAGGUUUUUAACGAUCCGAUUCAUGGGCACAUUGAAAUACAUCCACUUCUUGUUCGCAUCAUCGACACACCUCAGUUUCAGCGCCUCCGAUACAUUAAGCAGCUGGGUGGCACUUACUUUGUUUUUCCAGGAGCCUCUCACAACCGCUUUGAACACUCUCUAGGUGUGGGCUACCUGGCGGGAUGUCUGGUUCGUGCACUGAAGGAGAGACAACCAGAACUGGACAUAACCCAGCGAGAUAUCCUCUGUGUAGAAAUUGCUGGGCUUUGUCAUGAUUUGGGUCAUGGACCAUUUUCACACUUGUUUGAUGGAAGAUUUAUUCCACUCACUCGUCCAGAUUUGAAGUGGAAGCAUGAAACUGCUUCUGUUGAAAUGUUUGAGCACCUGAUCACUUCCAAUAAACUAGAAGAAGUCAUGAAGUCACAUGGUCUUGUCCUGGAAGAAGAUAUGAACUUCAUCAAGGAACAAAUAGGGGGGCCUAUAGAUGAAACCGCAUGUGAGAAUUCGUGGCCCUACCGUGGUCGACAAAAGGAGAAAAGUUUCCUAUAUGAGAUAGUAGCUAACAAAAAAAAUGGCAUUGACGUUGACAAGUGGGAUUAUUUUGCAAGGGAUUGCCAUCACCUAGGAAUCCCGAAUAAUUUUGAUUAUAAGCGAUUACUUAAAUUCACUCGGGUCUGUGAAGUAGAAAACCAGAAGCAUAUCUGUACCCGUGACAAGGAAGCUGGAAAUUUGUAUGAUAUGUUCCACACACGGAAUUGUCUGCACCGGCGAGCAUACCAGCAUAAGAUCGGCAACAUCAUUGAAAUAAUGAUUACGGAAGCCUUUCAAAAAGCAGACAAGUUUUUUAAAAUAGAAGGCUCUGGAGGAAAACUGUACCGGAUUUCUACAGCAAUGGAGGACAUGGAAGCCUACACUAAGCUAACUG